CUCCAUUGCCACAAAUCGCACCGAGUCGUUCCUUGUGUUUUGAGGCAAAGCGAGGGAGAUCUGCUUCGUGUCUAGAUCUGAACGACGAUUCUCAAAAUCCUCACUUCAGCUUGUAAGAAAAUGGAGACCUUCCUAUUCACAUCUGAGUCUGUGAACGAGGGACACCCCGACAAGCUGUGCGACCAGAUCUCCGAUGCAGUUCUCGAUGCCUGCCUUGAGCAGGACCCAGACAGCAAGGUUGCUUGCGAGACAUGCACCAAGACCAACAUGGUCAUGGUCUUCGGUGAGAUCACCACCAAGGCCAAGGUCGACUAUGAGAAGAUCGUACGUGAUACCUGCCGCUCGAUUGGGUUCAUCUCUGACGACGUCGGUCUUGAUGCGGACAACUGCAAAGUCCUUGUCAACAUUGAGCAGCAGAGCCCUGAUAUUGCCCAGGGUGUUCACGGCCACUUCACGAAGCGCCCGGAAGACAUUGGAGCCGGUGACCAAGGCCACAUGUUUGGUUAUGCCACCGACGAGACACCUGAGUUCAUGCCUCUGAGCCAUGUCCUAGCAACCAAGCUCGGUGCCUGCCUCACCGAGGUCAGAAAGAACGGGACUUGCCCAUGGCUACGUCCCGAUGGAAAGACCCAGGUCACUGUCGAGUACUACAACGAGAACGGCGCCAUGGUCCCGGUUCGUGUUCACACCGUCCUCAUCUCGACCCAGCAUGAUGAGACUGUGACAAACGACGAAAUCGCCCGUGACCUAAAGGAGCACGUCAUCAAGCCCAUCAUCCCUGAGAAGUACCUGGACGAGAAGACCAUCUUCCACCUGAACCCAUCAGGCCGGUUCGUGAUCGGUGGACCCCACGGGGACGCAGGUCUCACUGGACGUAAGAUCAUCAUCGACACCUACGGUGGGUGGGGAGCCCACGGAGGCGGUGCCUUCUCAGGCAAGGACCCGACCAAGGUGGACAGGAGUGGGGCCUACAUCGUGAGGCAAGCGGCCAAGAGCAUAGUGGCAAACGGGCUGGCUCGUAGGGCCAUCGUCCAGGUGUCGUACGCAAUUGGAGUGCCCGAGCCAUUGUCGGUGUUUGUGGACACCUACGGGACGGGGAAAAUACCGGACAAGGAGAUUCUGAAGAUAGUGAAGGAGAACUUCGACUUCAGACCGGGAAUGAUGACGAUCAACCUGGACUUGAAGAGAGGAGGUAAUGGCCGGUUCUUGAAGACGGCGGCGUACGGUCACUUCGGACGGGACGACCCCGACUUCACCUGGGAGAUCGUCAAGCCUCUCAAGUUUGACAACCCUCAAGCCUAAUCUAAUCCCCCACUCUCUCUCUGCCACCGAGUGAACAAUAAUCAAAUUUUCUUCUUUUGUUCUGUUUUCUGUUGUGUCACUUGAAAGAUGGAAUUAUGUUUUGCCCUUUAGUACUUGUGUUUUUUUGGUUUUUGUUGUACUUUUGCUGCUCUUAGCCUUAAAAGCAAAUAAUACUUUGUUAAGACAUUUA